AUGACAGAGGCUGCCACCAACGAAGCAGACCCCUCCGCUUUGACAGUUGUCGAGCUCCUGCAUCUGUUACGUGACAGACUCGAGGUCCCCCGCUCCCUCGGCAAACGCAAAAACGAUAUCAUAGCACACGUCAAGCAAUCCAAUCCUGCGCUAUACAGCGAGCUCUGUAUUGUGGCUGGUGAGAAGAACCGGCAAAAGCGAAAGCGUGUGGAGGCCAUUCCAGUUGAACGAGCUGUGCGACGGAAAGUCCUUCAUCGAUGCGCAAACGUAGAGGCUGGUUGCAAGAACCUGGACGAAUUCAUGCGUCUUCCCGAUGACGCACAGAAGCAAGCCAUCUACCGCCGGUUCUUUGAGGCCACCUCCAACGCGGGCGUAGCAAUGAUGAUCUGCGGUGUUUGUGCAAGAGAGGUGGAUGCAGGCAUCCGUGAUGACGAAGACAGUACACCACGCAGACUCGACACUCUUCCAAACGUGCACCGGCUGGUACCGCGCGUAGCUCACCCAGCACACACGCUCUACCAGGGCAAGCUACUUGAGCCCAAGGGUGUCGUCGUACAGGCAGACGAGAUCCGUGUCCGUGUCUGUUCCCAGUGUUCAGCCAGCCUGCUCAAAGCCGAAGACCAGCCGCCAAAGUUUUCGCUCGCAAACAAUUUGUGGAUUGGGCCUGUCCCGUGGCACUUGCAAGUGCUCACCUUCCCUGAACAACUCCUCAUCGCUCUCUUGUACCCUUGUGUUUUCGUCUUCAAACUCCAUCCGCGUGUUGGAGGCCGUGAUCCAACGAAACUGCAAAGAGGCAUGCGAGGGACAGUGAGCACGUAUGAGCUGGAUUCCGACGGGAUCACAUCGAUGCUGGUGGGAGACUUGAUGCCGCGUCCACCAGCCGUGUUGGCGUCUGUGAUUUCAGUCACAUACAUCGGUGUGGGGCAACUCCCAAAGAAUUGGCUCUGUUCCACCUUCCGUGUUCGCCGCAACGUUGUCUUCAAUGUGUUGCACUGGUUGAAGGAGAAUAACCCAAAGUACUAUGGAAGCAUUAGUAUUGACUCUUCCCGCUUGGCCGCACUCCCAGACAAUGAUGUCCCAAUAGAGGUGCUCAGUCUUGUCCGCCAAACAGAGGAUACAGACGUUGUUGCACGAGAAAGCGAUGGGUAUCUUUCGGAGCGGCACACUGAUGAGCAAGCGGAUGGUUUUGAUCUCCCUGCGAGUGAUAGCCAUGCAGCAGGCAAAGACGUGUCGCAAGAGGGUGACAAUGGAGGUCCGGAUGGCAUUCCGCUUGAUAUCACAGGUACUAUUGACACAGACCUGUCAUCCCUCAGUACAAAUGAAAUGAUGCAAUGGGGUUUGGCGAACUUGUGGAAGCGUGGUGAAGAGGGCUCUUAUGCUGUGCAACAUGGGUCAAGGCCAGUCAGUGACUUUGGGCGCCCCCAACUUAAAUCGGGCGAACCACCUGACCCGGAUCGCGCCAACUUCUUUGAACGUGCCUACCCCUCGUUAUAUCCAUAUGGUGUGGGCGGGUUGGAAGCAGAUCGACCCGUAGACGUCAAAUUCGCAGCACCUCAGUUACCACCGCCAUCACGCGGUUCUCCCCCCGCGGGGUACCUACUGGGUACCCUCAGACGUCUUGCUGAGGGUACCCAGUAG